AGUGUACGGUAUUCACGGAACUGAAGGCUGCUUGUACGGAGACUGUUGUACGUGACGUGUUUCCGUUUAAGAAAUAUCGCGCACUGUUUUGAAUUAGGAACAGCAAUGGCGGUCAUGAGGGAUAUUGGUUUGAGAAAUAUCACUUAUAUUACUGAAAGUGUCGCCGAUGAAGAGUCCUCCCUAGGACAAAGCGAAUUAACUUAUAAGGAGGACGCCGAGGCGCCUAUGGUUUUUCAGUGCGGUCGUUGCAAACUCCCUGUAGGCGACUCGUUGUCGUGGGUUGGAAGCGAGGACGACCAAAACCAAAUACUGCUGAAAAGAGUCACUGACAAUGUCGUUGUUGGCAGCGAGCCUUGUGUGUCGCGGACUCACACGGAGCUGGGUUGCCUCAUUGUCAACCUUUCCUGCCUCGGCUGCUCCACGCCUCUUGGCAGAGUUUACACAUCAACACCCAGGAACCUCGAUUACAAGAGGUCCCUCUUCUGCCUCAGCGUCGAAAAUGUGGACUGCUAUGUGCUUGGUUCCUCGUCACAGAAGAUUAUGAAGGAUGGGCAGGACGAGCCCGUCACUUUAGAAUACCGAGUGAACGUCGACACGCAGAUUGCAAAGAUCAAAGCUAUCGCGGUGUCCAUGGCGCAGAGGCUCUUCGAAAUAGAAGCGAAACUCCAGAACAGUGAGACAAAGUAAAAUUCCGAUUCUAGAACUCACUGGUCACCACAGAGAUGCCAGAGCUCAUUCUUGACAGAUGUCAAGUUCGUAUCAUUGUCACCGUGCUCAUCAGAAGAUAGCGUUUUGGUUG